GUUAUAUUAAUUUUAUACAAAAUUACGGAGGGAUAAAACAAUGACUUUACAUGAUAAUAGAGCUCCUGUUUUAGAGGAAAUAGAAAAAUACGAAUCUGCUCUGAAAGAUUCUUGUAUGAUGAUUCGCUCAUAUCCUUAUAAUGUAGAUGGAUACUUGCGUGCAGGAAAAAUAUUGCGAUUGAUGAAUAAACAUAUUAAAGCUAUAUAUAUAUAUAAACUUGGAAUGAAGCGUUUGUCUCAUGAUUUUAAAAAAAAAAAAUUAUUACAGAGACUGUUUCUUUCUACAUUGAAAAAUAUUAAAAAAAAUAAGUCAUUGGUUCUGCAGAUUGAUAUUUUUCGAAAAUUUCCAGUGGAAAUUAUUCUAAAAAUAUUUUAUUAUUUAUCCUUUAAAACUAUUAGUUUAUGUUUAGGAGUUUCAAAAAAAUGGAGACAAAUGAUUCUAUCUUUGGAUUAUUUAUUUUAUGAUUUAGAUUUUUCAUUCGCAAAAAAGACAGUUUCAUCAAAAAUAAUUUUAAUGAAUAUUAAAAGGAGUCAUAAUCUUGUUCAUAAAAUAGUAUUAAAUCAUAAAUGCAUUAUUAAUAAUUCAGUGAUUUCAUAUAUGUCUAAAUUCUGUGAAAAACUAACACAUUUGACUUUAACUAAAGGUUUUGAUACUAAUUUGUUUUUAUGUUCUUUUACAGCAUUUUCGUCGCUUUUAUCAUUAGUAUUUAUUUGUGAAAUUGAGCUUUCUUUUAUUGCACAGGUAAUCUCUAAUGCUCCAGAUAGUCUUCAAAAAAUUGAAGCGAGGAAACUUUUAGUUAAUUCUAUUCCACGUUGGGGUCAAAAAAUAACAUGCAUUAAAAUAAUAAAAUUAAUUCGAGUUGAUAUUUCUUUUUGCAAUAAUAAUCUUCGUGUUUUUGAUAUCAAUGAUAUGUUAAAAAUAAUUCCAAAGGUUACACAAAUUUUUCUUAAUAAUUGGAUAGAAAUUUUGGUACUAGAUUCAUAUGGGUUUUCUCAUUUGGAUAAAUUGAAUGUUUUGGAUCUAUCUGGAUCUAGGCUUUCUCGUAUACCUUUAAUGCCUAAAUGUUUACUUAAUUUAAAUCUUUCAUAUUUACUUGAAACAGAUUUAUCACUUUCUUCUCCUUUGAAUUUUGAAUGUCUUAAGUCUUUAAAUUUGUCAUAUUCUCCUAGAUUGUAUUCUGAUACGGUAAUCACAUUAAUAGGUUAUUCUGGUUCUAGUUUAAAAGAAUUAUUUUUGGAUUACUGUCCAUUGAUUGAUAGACAUUGUAUAAUUAAUGUUGUAUCGUCAUCUAGAUUUAUCGAUAAGUUAUCAUUGAGUGGUAAUUCGUGGCUUGAUGAUUCACUUUUAGCAAUUAUUACUAGAGAAUUAAAAGCAUUGAAAUAUAUUGAUUUAUCCAAUUGUUUACAUAUUUCGGGUUCUAGUAUUAUUGAAUUAGUAAAAACACAUUUGUCUUCAAUUGUUCAUAUAGGAUUAAAUGGGUGUUAUAAUGUUUCUUUAGAUGCCGUAACAUGGAUACGGCAAUUGGGUAUUAAUAUUGAUUAUAGGUUUGAAAACAAUUAUGCUAUUAAAUAAUUAUUAUUUAUAUUAUUAUUAAAU